GCCUCGCAACGUUGGUACAUAUUAGUUAGUUCUACACGUACGUUGCUUAAAUAAAUAAAUAAAACCCCCGAGAUGAAACAAGUCCCGAGGAUUCCGAGUGUUUUCCUUUCCUUUCCCUUUUUCCGCUGUCUCGGGGGAUUAGCAGGUAUCGUUAGAUGUCUUAGUGAGGCCUACACGUACCCGGUACCUCUCUUUCCUUUUGGGCGAGAUGCGGCAUUGUGGGGAUGGCGGUUGAUAUGGGACAAGGCCCAAUGGAAUGGAGGGGGUUUGAUGUUUUCGGAGCCGCCACAUACACAUUUCUUUCGGUCACAAAUCGUCGCCUAUGCAUUUUAUGCACAGACCCCGGAGACACCUAAGACAGCAAGUUUCGUCAUCGAUAGGACCAAGCGCAGCAACUUUCAUCGUCGAUAUGCCCUUCAUCAACCCGGCACAUUCAACGUACAAUUUUAACUGAAAACAUGGCUCGAUCAGGGAGGCUCGGGUUAUGGCUCAAGAUGUUGGGCAUCGGUGGCGUGGUGUGCGUCGGCGGCCCCGCCUUCGUUUACUGGGUGCAGCCGACCGACGAGGAGCUCUUCCUCAGGUACAACCCGGACCUGCAGAAGAAGAGCCUCGACCGCCGGUAUGAGCGCGAGAAGGAAUUCGACGAUUACGUAGUCCAGCUUAAGGAGUACGCCAAAUCGAACAAGCCAAUAUGGGCGGUGCAAGAAGAGGACAUGCGCACGCGUAAGGAGGAGAAGCUGCGGCAGCAAGCUCUCGAAGCCGAAGAGGCGAAGAACCGGAAAGAGGCGAUGAGAAAGGAGGUGGGUUUGCCGCCGAAAACCGACAGCUAGGGAUCGCG